AUGGAAGCGCAACAGAGCAAGCUGGAAUUUUUCCACAAGUUGGGCUAUGGAAAGGAGCAAGUCCGCCAAGUGCUGGAGAAACUAGGUCAAGAUGCCUCAGAGAAUGAUUUGCUACAAGAGUUGGUUCAGGCAGGCAGCAGGCCUCAGGAGCCUGAGAACUGGACGCCAAGUUUUCACCCCACCCCUCCUGCCCAUGGAUCAUGCAGGCCUUUGCCACUUUCCAGACAGUCUACUGAGGAAGGAAAUGAUCCCUCCAGUGUCUUGAGAGCUAUUGUGAUUGAUGGCAGCAAUGUUGCUAUGAGCCAUGGAAACAAUGAAGUGUUUUCAUGCUUGGGAAUUCAGCUGGUGGUGGACUGGUUCAAACAGAGAGGUCAUCAAUAUAUCAAGGUCUUUGUCCCAUCAUGGAGGAAGGAGCCAAGCCGAUUUGAUAACCCCAUUACAGAUCAGCAUGUUCUUGAAAAACUUGCAAAGGAAGCAAUUAUUGUGUAUACACCAUCCCGCAGAAUGAAAGGCAAAAGGCUGGUAUGCUAUGAUGAUCGGUACAUAGUUAAACUGGCGUAUGAGCAAGAUGGGAUCAUUGUUUCCAACGAUAACUUUCGGGACCUGCAGAAUGAAAAUCCUGAGUGGAAAUGGUUCAUUGAACAGCGACUACUGAUGUACUCCUUUGUCAAUGACAAAUUUAUGCCUCCUGAUGAUCCCUUAGGCCGGCACGGACCCUCUCUUGACAGCUUUCUCAGCAAAAUGCCACAGAUUCCCGAGCCAAAAUGGCAGCUCUGUCCUUAUGGCAAAAAAUGCACAUAUGGCAUCAAGUGCAAAUAUUACCACCCAGAAAGACUGACUUGGGACCAUCGCUCUGUAGCUGAUGAGCUCCGAGCUAAGACAAAGACCAACUCACUUGCUCAGAGGACAGAAGAAGAGAAGACAAGAGCAAACCCAGCAAAGAACAGAGAUGGGAAUACAUCACAUUUACCUGGUCUCACCAGUGGUAGUGUUAUUGGCAGGAGAAGCUCAGCACACAGCUUGGCAACAUUUCACAGUAAUCCCCAACAGUGGGAAGGAGAAGACAACAGGGAUGCAACAAGUGACUGGACAAACAUACAUCAAGACACCUGGCAGCCUGAAUCAACUGAAUUACAACAAGAUCAGGCAGGGGCCAUGUCAAAGCAACUGACUGCAUUGUCUCUCAGUGCCAGCAAAUACUCUGGAAAUACUCUUGCUGGACCUGGUAAAUAUGAAGACAUAGUGGGUGACCCACGUAGGGAUCAUUAUUUCAAAUACAACCAGACUUCAUCUCUGUCUCCUCACAGUAUGUGCUGGGAUUGCCCUUGCUUACAAAUAUGUAAUUUUCAAGGAUGUUACAGAAUGCAAACAGCAGCAGUGUCAGUCCCGACCUCACAAACACCUUCUAGUUUGCUAAGGGAUGGCUUGAAGGACCAACAUGAAGGACAACAUGGCUCUAUGGUUUCUUUGGCUGAGUCAUUUUCAGGCUGCAAGGAUGGAGAUAUGAAAUAUCCUGGAAAUCUGCAGACCAAAUCUUACAACCCAUUAUUUUUUAUGGAUUCCAGCUCAUUCAAUGCACUAGACCAUUACACACAUCCUUCUGGUACUGAGGCCCAGCAGAAUUUGACUCUGCAGUCGCUUCCUAGAGAGCAAGCAAAUGUCCAGCAAGCACAGUACUUUGGCUUCCCAUAUAAUGUGGCAGAGCAAACUGUGUCCUCCUCCUACACCGAUAUUGUAGAUGCGACACACUUAAUGCCAUUCAUUCAAUGGCAUGGGACCCUACAUAGCAGAUCUCCUAACAGAAAACCAUGGUAAGGAGAAAGAGAGGAGUUGGUAAUGCCCUAUUCAAAGGAUCCGGUAUUCACCUUCAUGCUCAACCUGAACAAGUCUCUCAGUGGAAAGUAGUAUUUAUAUGCUGGCCUUGAGAUUUGUUUGUAUUCUACAUCCCCUACCUUCCGCAUGAUUUCUCUUCUGCCAUCAUUGCAAGCAACAUCCUGACCUUCACUCCCUCUAGCCAGUUUGUGUUCUCCUUUCCAGAGACUACUCACAUGCCACACUUCCCAAAAAGCUUUUCCUAGAUCAGUGAUCUUCAACCAUGGAUCCCUAAACUACAACUCCCAAUAUCCUUGACCAUUGGCAAAACUGGCUGGGGAUGUUUUGAGUUGUAAACCAGUAACAGCUAGAGACUUAAGGUUAAAGAACACUGUUCUAGAUCACCAUCACAACCUCCUCUGUUACAAUCUGUUUAAAUUCCAGUUAACCCCUUCUCCACAAACAAAUCCAUCUUUAUCAAAUCCAUCUUUCAGCUUUUUCUUAUCUGUGUCCGAGGUCCGUGUAGAGCUUAUCCUUACCAAGGUUAUACUGGUGUUACAUUAGUGUGAUAAAGAUGUGGAUGAAAAAUAUAUACAGCUAAAUAUUUGAGGAUAUGUUGUUGGGCAAUGCUGAUAGGGGUGCAGGCCCAUGCAGGGGUGGGGUGGGAAGCAGGGUACACUUGCCCCAGGCCUCGGGGGACCCUGCCAGGGACUGGUUGCUUUUUUUGUUUGAGUGUGUAACUUUAUUCUAAAAAGACUCCUGUUUUAGACCUCAGGCAAGCUCUGCAUGGGCCUGCAGGUGGGGGCCCUCUCUGGCAUGUCCAAGUAAUGUUUAGAAAUGCACUUCAGUAUGCUUUGCAUAGAAUACACAUUCUCAACUGGGCAAACAAGGUCCUGUGUGGAUGCUCAAGUGGCAUCAGUGACCAGAAGCAUCUUUUGCCAACUCUGACUGGUGCUCCAGUUGUGGCAUUUUGACACAGUUCGUAACGUCCAGGUUAGAUUAUUAUAAUGUAGUAUAUAUCAGACUGCCUCUGAAAUGGUUUUUUGAAACUGCAGCUGGUCCAAAAUAUAGUAGCAGCUCUUUUGCUCCAUUAAAAAAUGUUUUUAUAUAUUCUUUUUACAUUGUUUUAGCAGUUUAUGUAUAUGCUGCCUUGAAGACCAAUUGGUAGAGGGGUGGGCCAGAAAUCUUUUUAAUUAAAUAAACAAACCAGCAACACACCCCUUGUGUAUUUCAUUUGACUCAAAUACUCUGAGAUAUAUGGCGAUAGAUAUAUGUCAAAGUAUAUCCAUCUUCUACAAAGCUUUUGAAAUAGCUGGGGCUGUAGGGAGGAAAGCGAUCCAGAAUGGGACUGGA